AUGGCGACCAUCUACGACGAACCAGUUGGCUGCAACUGCGAUAAUGAAUCAACCUAUGAUCAAGCCACCAUAGACGCAGCAUGCAAACAAGCACUAAAACUCGCAUCUGAAAAGAAAACCGUGGGAAGGGAUAAAUAUCCCCAUGUCUACAAUGACUAUGAAAAAUUCACCUUUCUCCCCGCAGCCAAGAAACCCUACCUCGAAUUCCCCAUUCUCGCCGACGGCGAAAUAUACACGGGUUCCGAACCCUCUUCUCCGGGAGCAGACCGUAUCGUUAUUGGGAGUAUUGCGACGGAUUAUCAAUCUGCUAUUUUCUGUGCCGUGAUUACACAUGAUGGGAGUAGGAAGAAUGGGUUUACGGAGUGUGCGAAUACGGGGGAUGAUGGGGAGGGAGCUUAUGGGAGGAGGGAUGGACAAGAUGAGGGGAAGGAUGGGAGGGAUUUGUUGGAGUGGAUUGAUUUGUAG